CCCCGGGCAACAGUGCAGGUUUAUCUUCCACAGAGUGCACUUUGGCUCUGGGAGCGAGCAGUCAAUACAUCCUCACUCCUAUAUAAACAGGUCGGGCCAGUGGUGCCUCUUACUCUGUUUCUGAAGAGGAAUACAGCCCGAGUUACAGCAUGACGAAGCUGCUGGUCGUUACUGUGCUGGUUGCACUCCUCGCUCUCAGCGCUGAAAGCUUCCGUAUGCCGAGGGCCGUCGAGGAGGAGCAGGGCACGCUGACCAAGAUAUCAGGCUCCAUCAAGUCCUACUUUGACAACGCCGUCAACACGGCCAGUGGAUACCUGGAGGACAUCAGGGGCAUGAAGCUGGAGGAGAAGGCAGCGAACCUUUACACCGAUACCACCACAGUCGUGAGCACCUACGCUGGCAUUGUACACGAUCAGUUGUAUCACCUCUUUUACCAGAAUUAAACAAAAACUGAUCUCCAAUGACCUCAUCUACCUUUUCUGACAAGAACUUUCAAGCUCCACACGGUGAGGCCCAUUUUUUGACAUUUUGAACGUGUUAUUUCACCUCAUCCAAGCCUUAGAACCUAAAGGGCAUCUUAAAAAAUGGUGGACUCUUUGUGGUGCUUAAUGUGGGCCACUGUACUGGUGUUAAAGGAAGAUAACAACAGGGACUGUGAACCUUUGAACAAAACAACAGCUUGCACUGAGGAACAGGUCAUAACAAGUUGGUGGGCGGUGGCAGACGAGCUCACAACAUCUUAUCAAGUCCCAACACAUUUCUCCCUGGGUCUCAGAGUUGAGAAACCAACAGCCAUCAAAAUAAUAUAAAUAAUGUCAUGAUCUAUUGCCACCGACUGGUGUUUUUAGUCAUCCCUCAUCCGGAUACGUUUUAAUAUGUGUGUCAUAUCUUGAAAUAAAACAUUUAGACCAAA